GGGCCAGGUGUCCGGACACCGCCGCCUCAAUGUAAAUACUAAGAGGUGUGGAAGAUUGAGAGGUGGCUUGGCUUACCGUAUUUUGACCCCCCACGUGCCUUCUCUCACCUGGGGACACGUUUCUUCAUUACAGUUCGGACCGCAUGCAGUAAUGCUGACCCUAACUACUCCUAACAAUAGUGGGCAACCACUCCAGAUGCAAUGGCAGCUCGACAAGACUGCAGCAAGUAGCAGUAACGCACAGUGAAAAGACAACGGCCCCACGUUGGUGCCAGAUGUGAGAUCCGUGACCAGCGUGGGGUGAUUGAUGAUUGAAACAACAACACCAGAUAGACCUGUCACUGAGACGAGUCUUCGGUGCAACACUCAAUUGUUUACGUUACAAUGGCUCCAAGGAAGAGACACCACAUUGAAUCUCUGGAGGAGCUGAGUCUUCGAGUUGUUCUUGCAUCAGUGGUUGCAGACCUUCACUUGGCACACCUUCUCAGCACAGAUCUCCGCCAUUCCAUUGUUUUAUCUUCUCUUCCAGUCACGUCUCCCGACCAGCUGAAAAAAUUGGUAUCAUCCAGACUGGCGAUUCUUCCAGGCAUUCUCAAUGAUCAGGUGCGGGAUCGUUUAGUACGUCGUCUCUUUGCCAGUUCGGAGCCUGACCGGUGGGUAAAUGCCAAGCUUGACAUUCUCAAGGCGGUGCUUGACAUUAGCGUAACAACGAUAGACUGUGGGGAACAGGUGUUGCCCAGACAGUUGUUGACUGUGGUUGGCGAUUGUUGUCCUAACCUGACAUCACUGAAAGUCAUACUAAAUCAGAUGGAACCAUAUGGAGAUGGUCUGGCAGCAGAGGACAAGGAUAACCCAACAGCUGCCUCCGUCACUCUUUUACCCAGAAGACAUCAGUUACUCAGGGAAACCAGUUUUCCUUUCUCAAAGCUUUUCCAAGAAGAAACAAUAAAAAUGGCAACAGCAACUGCUGCAAAGGCAGCAGUGCCAUGUCCCUUGGUGUCUGGACUGUCAUCUUUAACACAGCUGUCAACUCUACAUGUGAUGCAUGGUGCCAAUAAUGAUAUUCUGGCAGCACUGGGCCAGUACGCACCAAAGCUGAAGGAACUGAGGAUAUGCUACAGCUAUGGUGUGACAGAUGCAGGACUGAAGGCAUUGUGUCUGCGUUCUCCAGACAACCAUGUGCUCAGAAGAGGCCGUCACCUGCAUGAACUGAGGGUGCGAUCAUUUCACCUAAACCCCUGCUGCUCCACACUAGAAGAGGUUGACAUUUUAGGAACAGGAAUUAGCCAGUAUGGUGUUGCCUUCUUGCUCAAACAUCUGCCUGCUUUGAGAUCUCUUGGAAACUGUACUAAUGUGACAGAAGCAAUAGAAGUUUUAGUUGGCAACAAAUCUCUUCGGCGCAAUAGUUUCAUGGGCCGAUUGCGAAAAUAUGCCAGUAGAUUUAAGCUCAACAGGGUGAAAGAAGACUGUGUAUCUGCCUCAAAACUGGUCGUGAUCACAACACUGUGCCCUGAACUUCGGGACUUGAGUCUGACGCACAGAUUUUGUGAGGUUGACCUUGAGAGGUUAGCUGACCUUCACAAAUCCCCCUCACACUUCAGAUCACAUCUAACUCAACUGAAAUUCCUCAAGCACCUGAGCCUGGUUAACGUUGCUUCAAGAUCAGUGUCGGGUGCAGUGCAAGCUGUGGGCCAGCAGCUGACAGCUUUAACGGUUAAAUGUCGAGGGUUAGACGUUCCAGUGGUUUUCCACACCUGCACCAACCUCAAGUAUCUCACCAUGGAAGGAGAGGAUUGCUCUGCUCCAUAUGAGGCAGUGGGGAAUUUCCGACAAACAGCCCUUAUCAAAUUGCAAGUUGUCAAGAUAAAAUGUCACUUACCUGCUCCAUAUACAGACAUAAUUCUCAAUAAUGCAAGGAGUUUAACAAGAUUGGAAAUAGACUGCCUCUGUGAUAUGAGUGAUGACCGAGUGGACCAACUAAUGCGAAAUAAAAGUUUGGAGAAAUUAAGGGAAUUUGAUGUGAGUCGAGCCCCAAAGCUCACCGUAACGUCAGCCAGAAUGUUGGUCAAGCAUUGCCCAAAACUGAGACAGCUCCAGGAUUUAGGUGGGUGGAACAUUUCAACAGAUGAGUUAAAUGCAUUCCUGAAGGAGACAGAGUUGGAGAACUAUGAUAUUCAGAUAGUUUAUAAACCUCGCAGAGCCAGAAAUGACGGCCAUAGCGAUGACGACCUUGUAGACGACUCGGAUCAAGAUUCAGAUGUUUGGGGACCAGUGAGGAAUCUCUUCCCUCUUGUGAUACUCUAGGUUCAGAAUUGGGACAAAUGAAAUCAAUUCAUUCUGUUGUGAUAAAAAGACAAAAUAUACAUUUGUGAUCUGUUCAUUAAUGAGUGGGUGCAAGGAGAGAGAAAUUAAAAUUGUACCAUAUUAUAUAUGUAGAAUUAAAGAACCAGCCUAUUUUAUUCAAUUACAAAAAUUUAGAUUAAAGACUAUUUAUUUAUUAGUUCAUGAAUGUGACCAGUUAAUGAGCAGUGAACAGUGUCUAGUGUCUUGUAAAAUAUGAAGCAUUAAGAUACAAUGUGUAUAAGUUUGAUAUGAUGCUUAGCCUCUCAUGUCUAUAGAUUUUGUGGUCUAGUCUCACUACUAUGUUAAACUUUUAUUUCUCAUUUAAUAAGACUAUACAGCUCUGUGCCCCUUUAUCUUUGGUUCACAUCAAAACUGUAACUCUUACAGUUCAGAGCCUUAUUACCAGAUGUUCUGCCUCACAUUAGAGUACUAGGUUCAGAAUAUUAUUCUGCCAUGUAGUGUCAUUCAGUACCUGAUAUUUUUAAGCACUUAAGACUGAUAGUUGGUUAUUAACCAGUUUUUGUAAGAGUGUGUAAAAUGUUUAAGAGGGUCCAUUCAGAACAUGAGUGCUUUCAUAAAUAUUGAUUACAUAAAUAAUACUACAUGGUAUAUUGCGACUGGAAUAGCCAGGACAGAGACGUCUCCAUAUGAUUUGUUGAUCAAUAAAUAUGAGAGGUUUGAGAAUGUUUUUUUGUAUUUCCACUUUUGCAUUUUGUUUUUAUUUGUUGGCUGAAAAUUUUAACUUGACUGUGACUAAACAUAGCAAUGGGAAGAGAUUAUACAGUUGGUAAAUGUAUAUGUCAGGCAUUCAUCAUUACCCCAUUUCCACAGGGUGGGGCAAAUCAUCAAGGGAGGAAAUAAUAAUAUAGAGAAAAGAAAACAGGAUGUAAUGAAAUUAUACUCAGUUAUUCAAGUCAUAUACCAGAAUGUAUUAUUGAGAACCACCACCACCCCUCAUCAGUGCCCCAAGACUCGGUGUACAUUACUCCUAUUGUGUUAAUAUAUACAAACAAAACAUUUACUGCUGCUUAAUGUAGAAGCAUGUAAGAAUGCUUCAAGCAUUUCCAUAUAAAUAAUUUGAAAGCAAAGCAGUUUAAGGUAACUUUGUCUUGUCGGCAUAAUACUUUGCAUGUUCUGUAUCAAUAUUACAAUUUUCACAAAAACACUCCAUAUCUAUACCAUCAAACAUCCAAAAUCAUAUGUGGUGUUAUGAAUUGAUAUUUCCAAGGAAGUAGUAAUCACGAGGCCAGGCCAUCACCGUGAAAGGUGUGCAACAAAACGCUCGUGUUGGAUUAAGUAACAAAAUCAGGAGACUGGUAGAUGUUGUCACAGCUUAAAUAUAACUUGGUUCUAAGUAAUCUUUGGAGUUCAGCUUACAUGAGGCAUUAGAUGACGUGAAAUGUGAAGUGUGUAGACAUAGACAAGACCACACACUAGUGCAUUACAUUUUAUACUGCAGAGAAACUUACUACAAUGCCAUAGUGCAUGAAUGAAGGCGAAGGAAAGACCCAAUACAGUACUGUAUAUGUAAUUUGUACUGUAUAAUUUAAUUUCUGUAUUAAAAAACAAAUUUUUGGGAUGUAACCUACAUCCUAUCUCAAGGUACUGUAUGCAGUGUUCUCAUUCUAUACAGUAUGUAUACAUUGUGAAAACAUUAUACAGUAUACAAUACCUUGAGAAAGGGUGUAGAUCACAUCUGAAAAUUUGUUUUUAUUACACUUACACAUAAAUUGGGUAUAACUUCACCUUCAUUUUAUACUGCGUGAUAAAACAUUUAUAGAUACCAUAUAUAUCUAAAUGUAUAUUGCCUGAAAUGACAAAUAAUUUUAUUAUAAAUAAUUAGAUAACUGAAAUUUGUGCAUUGUAUCCAUAGUUUGCUUCUAGUAAAUAAAUUAAAGUACUGUAAUGAAUAUACUGUGUAGACAAGAAUCAUAAACAGCAGCUCCUAAUAAUUAUCCUGUAAUAUCCAGUAUUUGAAAAUUAUUUUAUUAUAAAAUGACUUACCUCAAAUGUAUAAUGGUAAACUAAAACUAGAUUAUACAGUAUGUAAUUAUAAUGGUGAGGUAUCGUGCUUAUUAUUAUGACUUUCUCUUAUGUAAAUAAUGUCUUGUAAUUUUGUGUAAUCUCAGUUAUAAAUGUACAACAGCUUAUGAAUAAAGUUUUUCAAUUUGAA